AGAGGAUCAACAGGGCCAAGUCAAUAGAGUUUUGGCGGGUGCGCGCGGGGCCGGUCAGGCAUGACGGGUGUGUCGAUCAGAACCGCAGCGCAGGCUUUUGCCCUUGUGGCUUUGGCAGCAGCCGGCCGAGGCUUUUUGCAGUUGGCGCCCCGAAACUCGUUGGUGCCGCGAGUUCCGGUUCGAGAACUUCCACAGGUGGUUCCUGCUGAGCUCCCGUCCUCAACGGAGCCCUCCAGAGCAGCAACAUCCGGCUCAAGGGUGCAAAGGUGGCUGGCUGGGGCAGCGCGCGUUGGUGCGGUAGUUUCCACCGCGGUCAUUUCGGCUUUGCCAAGAAGGAGCCGUCAAGACAGGCACGCCCGUCCCUUGCGGGGCAUGGCGGGUGGCCUGGCGGCGACCAUGGCGGCGAAUUGGAAGGCCUUCUCGAGAACAGAUGCUUGUUUGAUGCUGCGAUUGAGCACGCUGAACUUCUGCAAGAUCUACAUGGCCAUGCUGGUUCUGCGAAUCACCAUUAUGUGGUUUCCGAACAUCAACCCUUAUCGACAGCCCUUCUACUCCAUGAUUCAGCUCACGGAUCCUUACUUGAACCUCUUCAGGGGUUGGAUGCCUCCCAUCUUUGGCAUUGACCUCAGUGUCAUCUUGGCCUUUGUCGUUAUCCAGGCAGUGAUUGAUGGUUUGACCAUCAGCCCCUUUGGCUGAGCUGGCGGAUUUGAUGUUUCAUGAAGCACAACAAUCAUCAAAC